AUGGCAGAAGGAAAAGCUGUUGGUAUCGAUUUAGGAACGACAUGCUCUUGUGUCAGUGUAUGGCUAAAUGACCGGGUUGAAAUUAUUUCAAACGAACAUGGAAAUUUAACGACACCUUCAUAUGUUGCUUUCACCGAUACACAGCGUUUGAUUGGUGACGCCGCAAAAAAUCAAGUCUCCAUGAAUCCUUAUAACACUGUUUUUGACACCAAACGUCUUAUUGGUCGUAGAUUUAUGGAUGCUGAAGUACAAUCGGAUAUGAAGCAUUGGCCAUUUAAAGUUAUUGAUAAGAAUUGUAAACCAUAUAUCCAAGUCGAAUUUAAAGUUGAAACUAAACAAUUUGCGCCUGAAGAAAUUUCAGCUAUGGUUUUGGUUAAGAUGAAGGAAAUUGCCGAAGCCUUCCUUGGUACAAAAGUUACAAAUGCAGUUAUUAAAGUUCCUGCACAUUUCAAUGACUUACAACGUCAAUCUACUAAAGAUGCUGGUAUGAUUGCUGGAUUAAAUGUUCUCC